AUGGAUUUCCAAAAUCGAGCUGGAGGCAAAACAGGUGGUGGUGGAGUAGCGUCGUCGUCAGAUGCCAAUGUAGAUCGGCGAGAAAGGCUUCGGUUGUUAGCGUUGGAAACGAUCGAUCUUCAGAAGGAUCCGUAUUUUAUGCGCAAUCAUUUGGGUGGAUAUGAAUGUAAACUCUGUUUGACACUGCACAACAACGAAGGAUCUUAUUUGGCACAUACUCAAGGAAAGAAGCAUCAGGCCAACUUGGCCAGGAGAGCGGCUAAAGAUGCGGCCGAUCAGCCAUUUGUUCAGCUACCACAAUCGGCCAAAGUUGAGCCGAAGAAGUUCGUCAAGAUUGGACGGCCUGGUUACAAGGUGACGAAGGAAAGGGAUCCAGUGACGGGUCAACAAGCUUUGUUGUUUCAAAUUGGUAAGGGUUCAUAUUUGUUUCUAUUUUUUAGGUAACAAUUCCUUUUGUAAAAAAAAAUUUUGUAAAAGUUAGCUAAAAGGUAAAUACUUUUAACAGGCUUAUUUAUUAUAUUUUUAUGUGAAGGGUUUUUUUGUAGUAAUUAUAUUAUUUUAGACUACCCGGAGAUUGGCGAAGGUAUAAUUCCGCGACAUCGUUUUAUGGCCGCAUAUGAACAGAAAGUUGAGCCUCCAGAGAAGCGAUGGCAAUAUCUGAUGUUUGCAGCCGAGCCUUAUGAGACAAUUGCUUUCAAAAUUCCAUCAAGAGAAGUCGACAAAUCAGAAAAGGUGUUUUGGUCGUUGUGGAACAAAGACAGCAAGCAGUUCUUCUUGCAGUUUGCCUUCAGGAAUGUUGUUGAAGAUCACGGAAUGAGGCCACCUCCCCCGGCUUUUAUUCCUGCACCACCUCAGCCCGUAUUGGCCCCGCGUUAUUGA